UUUUUUGAAUGUUUUCAUUUUUCAAUUUCAAGAAUUGGUUAAUUUAAUUGUUUCCUUAUGUUGAUUAAUUGUUUUUAGUUUAUUUGAUUUAGUUUUUUCUCUUGUGUCAUGUCGGUUUUUUAUCGAAAUUUAUAUGCCAAGCGUCGUGCUACUCAUCCAUUUCGAUGGUGGGUCAAAAAGAGAGCCGAUGAUUUUAAGCCUGAGUUGACAAAAGAGAAUCAAAAAUUCAUUGAUGAUUAUUAUCAAUCGAGUUAUGGUUCACCUUUAAUUGUUCCUGAUUUAUUUAAAGAAGCACAGAAAGAAUGGACUCCAGAGUCAAGAAGAGUCGGUGUUAUCGCUCGAAAAAUUGGAGUUUACCCACUGUGGAUGAAAGAUGGAACCAGAAUAUUAACUACUCUUCUACAGGUUAACGAUAAUCAUGUAAUUAAAUGCUACACAUCGGAACAAUUUAAAGAUCAAGUGAUUCAUCAGGAUAGGUGGAGAUAUCAAGGAUUAGCCUGUGCAAUUAUCGGUGCUGAAAGUGAUCAUAUUAUGAAAUAUUCUGCAGGAUAUGCUGGAUUAUUCAAUGAAGCUGGUUUACCACCAAAGAAGAAGAUAACCAAAGUUCCAAUUACAGAUGAUGCUAUAUUACCACCGGGAACACCCUUGUUAGCAACCCACUUUCGCCCUGGUGAUUAUGUUGAUGUUUGGGGUAAAACAGUUGAUCAUGGUUUCCAAGGGGUCGUGAAAAGGUGGGACUUUGCGGGUGGACAUCCAAUCAAUACAACUAAAUGGAAAAGAAGACCAGGUUCGAUCGGUCAUGGUCGUCGAGCUGGAGGACCUCAUAAGGGUAAAAAGAUGCCCGGUCACAUGGGAAGUGAAAGAAGAACACUCAAUGGUGUUCAGAUUAUGAGAAUUAACACCCGAUGGAAUGUCAUUUAUAUUCGAGGUCCUUCAGUUCCCGGUGAAAUCGGUAAUUGGUGUUACAUAUUCGAUAGCAAAAUACUUGGAAAGAAACUAACGGAGAAAAAUCCUCCACCUUUUCCGACGAAUUUUCUUGAAGGGACAAAAGAUUUACCUGAGAAUUUGUAUCACCCUGAUGUUCAUCCUUUUGAAGAGGAAACAAUUAAAUUCAUCGAGACCGAAGAAGAGAAAAGACAAGCGAGAACGGGAGCCAAAAUUGCUAAAAUUCGUAAAUAGUUUAGGUAGAUUGUUCUAUAAGUUUAGUUCGUUUUUCCAACUUGUAAAUUAAUGUGAACAACCUAAAAUUCAAUAAUAAUUUAAACGUUUAAUCGUAAAAAAGUUGAU